AUUUCUUUAUACCCCUUCCGUUACACAAAUUCACCCCCAAUUUAUUUACUCUUAUGCCCUCCCCUCACUCGAACCACCACUGCUUCACCCUACCACCAGCUCCGGCUGGCUCACACCACCGUCAGCCACCGCAACCAGCACCUGCAACCACCGCCUACACAUCGUAAAACCUAAAUCCUCAAACCCUACCGCCUCAUACAACGCCUCCGCCUCGUUGACCUAACCACCAAACCGCUGUCGCACCACCGUAUCACCGUCGCAUCUCCGCCGCUUGUCCGAAACCGGCUCGUAAUUCAAAACUUUCACGUUUUAUGGCGUUUUGAACUGUAAAAGUCACUCAAGGGCUGGAUUGAGGACAGUAUUGGUAUGGGCGAUCGGAACGGAUCAUUCUUUUGGGUGGGGGACGGGGAUGACCAGACACUGAGUCCCGUGAAGCAUAGGAGAAAGUCAAAGUCAAAGAAAUUGGAGUUCUUAGGGUGGGGUUCCAGGCCGUUAAUCGAAUUUCUCCAAUCAAUCGGCAAGGACACUGGCAAACAGCUCUCUCAGUAUGACGUAACCGCCAUUAUCAACGAAUACGUGCACACUUACAACCUUUUUAACCCUAUGAAAAAGAAAAGGGUUGUUUGCGAUGAAAGACUUCAUUCUCUUUUCAGUAAGAAUUCAGUUCCCAGAAAUAAAAUAUACGAACUGCUGAACUCACACUUUGCUGAGAAUAAAGAUUCAUCCGAAGAUGACGCUAUGUAUGAUUCAGACGAGUAUGAGGAUGUUAACGUAACUUACAAGAAGCAGAAGGUUUCUAGUUUAGAGAAACAAGCUCCUAGCCAAAAGAAAAAAGCACUGUUAAGCAGUUUUGCGGCUAUUAUUCCCGAAAACAUAAAGCUUUUAUACUUGAAGAGGAGUUUAGUUCAGGAGCUUGUUAAGCAUCCCGAGAGCUUUGAAGGGAAAUUAUUAGGUAGUUACAUUAGGAUAAAGUCUGAUCCGAUGGAUUUCUCUCAGAAGAACUCUCAUCAGCUUCAUCCUGUUACAGGGGUGAAAAAUGUACCUGGAGUUAGUGGCGGACAUGAAGUUCUCCUUGAGGUUCCAAACGUGGUAAAAGACAUACCAAUACGCAUGCUGUCAGAUGAUGACUUCUCUAAGGAAGAAGUUGAGGAUUUGUGUCAAAGAGUUAAAGACGGGUUGCUUAAGAGGCCUACCGUUGUAGAGGUUGAACACAAGGCCCAAACCUUGCACGAGGAUAUAACAAAACACUGGCUUCCUAGAGAACUUGCGCAUCUACAAAACCUCAUAGAUCGAGCCAACGAGAAGGGAUGGCGCAAAGAGCUAUUCGAGUAUCUGGAAAGAAAGAAGCUGCUCCAAACACCAUCAGAGCAGUCAAAGUUGUUGACUGAGGUGCCAACGGUGACGGCAGAUACACUAGAGCCAGAAGCUACACCACACGAACUAGUAGCUGAUAUAGAACAGCCCAAUACUUCACCAAUCUCGAUUCAUGGUUCAGAUGCUGCAGAAAAUAAGCUGGUAGUUGUUGAUGGAGUCGACGAAGGCAAUGCGGAACCAAUAAAGAAUUUGCGUUCUGAAGAACAGUUAACAAGCUUCCAGUGGGUGGAAGCCGUGCAGAUGCCCAAAAAGCAAAGUUUCGGUCAAACAAUUGACUUCACCAAAACAAAGAACUCUGGUUCUGGAGGACACUUAACGGGCUUCCAGUGGCUGGAAGCCGUGGAGAUGCACAAAACCCAAAGUUUUGGUCAAACAGUUGACUUAAGCAAAAGAAAUAACGUGGGCUCUGGAGAACACGUAACAAGCUUCCAGUGGGUGGAAGCCGUGCAGAUGCCCAAGACAAAAAGUGCGGGUCAAACAGUUGACUUGAGCAAAAUGUCAAAUGUGAUUGAUUUAUGUGACGAUGAAGAGGAAACGCAUGAUGUGCAAGUGGAGAAAGAAAAAACGACCCACGAGCAAGAAGACGAGCAUGAAUUCUCUCGUCAAAAAUGGUUCUACCGGGACCCACAAGGACAAAUACAAGGUCCCUUUUCAAAAACCGAGUUGAAAAGCUGGCGUGAUGCAGGCUAUUUCAUGCCCGACUUUAAGGUGUGGAAAGAAGGCCAGACACCCGAGUAUGCCAUCCUGUUGACAGCUAUUCUCUAGCAAAUUUGAUUUGUUGAUUUUGAUUUUAGGAAUUAGUUAUUUCUGUUAUGCCUUGGGGGUUGUGAGAUUAUUUUAAUUUAGUCGUGUUUUAGUCAGGCUUAAAUGUUUAAUCAUAGUUUUGUUUAAUAAUUUGAAGUGAUUUAUGUAAUAGAUCCAAAAAAUCCAAUAAACCUUGGAACACAGUAAGAUCUUGAGAAGCUUAUAAUGUAUGCACCAUCACUUCAUUUCUACA